AUUAAAUAUACGUGUUCAUUAAAUAUGUUCUAAGAAGUCAGACCUGUAGAAAAUACUAAUUACGAUAGAAAGGUACGUGAAAAUCAGAAAAAUGAAUUCAAAAAAAUAUUAGAAGAAGAUUAAAUUUCCACUUAAAUUGCAGAAUAAUUAGCCACAUCUCUUGAAUAAGAAGCAUAUACACUUUCUGGAGGUGAUAAUACAAGAGAUUACAGAACAAGAGUUAAUACAGUUAAAAUGCGCUUAAAGGGUACUAAAGGUGAGUUUCUUAAACUAUUUUAGGAUAAUUGAUUAGAACUGCUUUACUUCAAUAAAUUUUGACACCAAAAGAAUUAAUGUCAUUAGAUAUGUCAAAGCUAAGCGAGGAUAGUGUUUAAGCCUUCUUAUAAAAAGAAUAAAGAGGGCUCCUACCUCAACCUUAAACUAAUAUUAAAAAAAAUGUCCCUUAAAGAGGACCACCAACCAGACCUCCACCUUCAGGUCCACCAUAAACUAAAAGUUAAAUUAUUCCACCUCCAAUUAAAUAACCUGUUGUAGAAAAUUAAUUGCAAAUUGUUAAUUAAUAAUAAAUAUUCGAUUAAAAUAUGCUUGAUAAUUUAAAUAUCUAAACUUAAGGUGAACAAUAACCAUUUAUUUAAGAAUAAGAACUUGAUCAAUAAACUUAAUCUAAACAUUUGAAUCCUUAAUUAUUAACAUAAGUUCCAAAAUAAUAAAUUCCUACUUCAAAUAAAACAAAUUAAUUUACUUCUUAGCAACCUACUAAUAUUUAAUUAGAUGGAAUUGAAUAAAAAUAAUAAUAAUAAUAAUAAUAAUAAUAAUAAUAAUAAUAAUAAUAAUAAUAAUAAUAAUAAUAAUAAUAAUAAUAAUAAUAAUAAUAAAAUGUACCAUAAUUUAGUAAAAAUCCUAAUACAUAAAUAAAUAAUUAAUUAACACCAGAAAUUUCAAAUAAGCAAUAAAAAAAUGAUCCAAAUAUAUUUUAAAAUGUUUCUCCUCCUCUUCCAUCUUGGCAAUUAAAUAAUAAAAUGGAUAUUUAUUAAGGUCAAAUUUAAAAUAAUGAAGAAGAUUUAACAAAUUUUGACUCUUUAAGAUAAAAUUAAGAGAAAUUGAAUUAAUUAGCUGAACAAUUAAGAUCUGAAGAAUCAGAAGAAUCAUAAGACUCGAAUUUAGAGAAUCAGGAUAAUUCAAAUACAAAAGACAAUUGUAGCUUUUCUCAACCUGAGAAUUAAGAAGACGAACCAGAGUUGUAGCUUUAAAAUAAUUUUAUUAAAGAAAAUGUUCAAGAUUUUUCAGAAAAUAUAAACCAAAAUGAACAUUAAAGAGAAAUGAAGAUAGAAGAAUAACAUUCAGAUUAACAAUAAACUCAAAAUUUCUAGUAGGAAACUAUCUAAUAGCAAAUACUUCAUACAGAAGAAUAAAAUAAUUAAGAAGCUAAUGAAUAUUAAAUAUCUUCAUAGAAUCAUUCAAUUGAUAAAUAACAAGAAGUUUCUAAUUAGCAAAUCAAAGAAUAAGAAAUUUUAGUUCAAUAAACUCAUUCAGUUUAAUAAGUAAAACAAUAAGAUUUGAUUGCUGAUGAAAACUAAGAUUAAUAAAUAGAAUUAUAAUAACAAACAAAGUAAAUUAUUUAAAAUUAGAAUGAUGCAUUUAAUUUUAAAAGCGAAUAACUAUUAAAAUAGUAAGCUGAAUAAAUUGAAAACUUAGGUAUUAUGACAUAAACCCCAAAAUUCACUAUUUAAUUACAAUAAUAAUAAACUUAAUAAAUAGAUGCUGCUGUAUUUGAAUAAAUGAUAAAAUAAAGGGAUAUUUAUUAUGAAAAAUAGAUUAGUUAACUUCUUAAAUAGAACAAGGAUCUUUAACAUUCUAUCAUCCAGUUUUAAUAAGAUCACUUGAAAACAAUGUAGGACUUACAAUAAAAGAAUGUGAAUUAUCAAACAUAGAUUCAAUCACUUUAAAAUGAAAAUUUGCUUUUGAAAACUUCUUUAUAAAAUUAAGAAUAAAAUUCUUUGAAAUAACUUAAUUAGUUAAAAGAGCAAAUUUUGAGUGAAAGAAAGUAAUUUUAAAAACUUUAAGAAAUUUAAUAGAUGGAGAAGUAAAAUGAAAGACAUUUUAUAGAAAAAUUGCAUUCGAAUACACAGUAAAGAAGAGAUAUGAUCCAUAAAUAUCGCAUAUAAUAAACUCAAUCAAAUUUUGAUGAUUAAAUUACAAUUAUAUAGGGAUUAUUAGUAAAAUUGUAGCCACCCUAAUUACCAAGAGUUUAAUAAUUUUAAUAACCAGUCUAAAUAUAAACAAGUACUUAAUAAUAAGUGGUAUAAACAUUAGUAUCAGAAACUCCUGCUUCACAUUAAUAUCAUGUCCAAUAGUAAAAUCAAUAAUAUUGGGCUAAUGAGGAUGAAGUAAAUUUAUAAGGUUAAAUUGUUAAUGCUGAUUCGGGAUCAACUUAAUUAAAAACUGGAAAUAAUUAAAUUUAAGUUUAAGAUGUUUAAGAUGUUUAAGAUGCAUAGGAUGGAUAAGAAGAAUAGAAUGCUUAAGUUGAAUAAUAAUAAUAAUUUGAAUAAUAAGAUUAAUAAAAUUAAGAAUAUUAAUAAAAUGAAUAUGAAGAUGAGUAAUUUGAUAAAAUAAACAAUUAAUAAGAAGAGAUUUAUUAAGAGCAACAAUUAUUCAUAUCAAAUUAGCCACACAUACAUCCAUAAUAACCACAAAAACAAUAAGAAUUAUCUUUAUAACAAGAAUAGGAUUAGUAAUAAUAAUCAUAAUAAUAACAAAAAUUAUUAAAAGAUUAAUAGUAAGUAUAACAAUUGCAUUUAGAAGAUUAAGUCUAAAAAAAUGAGAUGGUUAGUAGAACUGAAGAAAAUACUCAUGAAAAGUAAUAAAAUAAUCAAUUGCAUAUUAAAGAAUAGCAAUAAAUAUAACAUACUAAUAAUGAAAUUCAAGAAAAUACUUAUCAUCCUCCUCCAUCAAGAAGAUAAAAUCCUCAAAAAUAAGAAAAUUAAACAACGUUUGUUCAUCCUCGAUUUGCUCAUAAAUCAGAUAAUUAAAAUUAAUAAUAAAAUUAAUAAUAGAAUCUUUAAUAAAAUAAUCCAUUCUUUGAUUAUUAAGGAGCAGAAGAAUAUUUUUAAACGAGUAAUUAAACUAAUUUCUAAUAAUUUUUUGAUAAAUAAGCAGAAAUCCCAAAAUCGACAGCUACUCAAUAAAAAACUAAAUAAACAAAUAGAAGAGCUAAUGUGCCAGGAUCAUUGUUUGAUUGAUAAUUUUAUGAUUUAU